AGCGCUACAGCGUCGGGCUGCAAGAUCCGCCCGUCCAUCCUCAACAGCGACCUGGCCAACUUAGGGGCCGAGUGCCUCCAGAUGCUAGACUCUAGGGACGAUUAUCUGCACCUGGAUGCCAGGACCCUUUCUUCGACAUGCACAUGACGGUGUUCAGGCCGGAGCAGUGGGUAAAGCCAAUGGCUAUAGCAGGAGCCAAUCAGUAUACCUUUCAUCUCAAGGCUACUGAGAACCCAGAAGCUUUGAUUAAAGACAUUUGGGAGAAUGGGAUGAAGGUUGGCCUUGCCAUCAAACCAGGAACCACAGUUGAGUAUUUGGCACCAUGGGCUAAUCAAAUAGACAUGGCCUUGGGUAUGACAGUGGAACUUGGGUUUGGAAGGCAGAAAUUCGUGAAAGAUAUGAUGCCAAAGUUUCACUGGUUGAGAACCCAGUUCCCAUCUCUGGAUAUAGAGGUCAAUGGUGGCAUAGGUUCUGACACUGUCCAUAAGUGUGCAGAGGCAGGAACUAAUGUGAUUGUGUCUGGUAGUGUCAUUAUGAGUGAAGACCCUAGAUCUGUGAUCAACCUGUUAAGAAAUGUUUGCUCAGAAGCUGCUCAGAAACGUUCUCUUGAUUGAUGAAACCACAAGGAGCCCAGUGUUUCUACUCAUGAAAUCCCCUUUUUCCUGGAAAACAGGAAUAUUGACUACCAAAUCGUACUGCAAUUCAGGCCGUACUGCUUUUCUGAGCAAUUUACUCAUUCCAGUGAUUAAAAUCUAUUGUGCAGAUUCUAGGUUAGAAAUUGGUGUGUAUAACAACAUUUUUAGUGAUGCAAUUUGAAGAUUAGUGAAGUGAAAUACUCAGUUUUUACUGGGAGACUUGAUUUUUAUAAAGAGUAAAAAUAUGGCUGUAUUAAGGAUACAAAUAGAAAUGUGUCUUAAUGCCUAGGGAGGGCAUAUUAGCUAUAGGAUAAAAACAAUUUUUUUCUGUAUUUCUAAAAAGAAUUUUUUUUUCUCAGCUGUUUUCCAAAAGCAAAGGAAG